AUUAAAUACCUCCAACUGCACCCUACUUCCCCAUUUUGCCUUUAAAAAGGAGAUUCACGAUACUCAAUCAGGUGUCAACAUAGGAGAAGAGUUAGAGAUAGAAAACGAAAGAAAGAGAGAGAUGGCAAGGUGGUAUGUCAUGUUUCUUGUUGCUCUUGCUGUGGUCCACACUACAGCUAGAGAUGUGCCCAGUGACAAGGGUCUCAGUGAUCAGAAGAACUUUGGCUCCUUCGGUGGUGUAGGAGGCUUCAGCGGCAUCGGCGGUAAUGGCCUGCCUUUUGGCGGAAUAGGGAGCGGAGUUGGUGGCGGUGGAGGCAUUGGUGGAGUUGGGUUUCCUGGCGGCUUGGGUGGUGCUGGUGGCUUAGGAACUCUGGGUGGUCUUGGUGGUCUCGGUGGUCUUGGUGGCGGUGCUGGUGGUGGUGCUGGUGGUGGCACUGGCACUGGUGUCCUUCCUUAUCCUUGA